AUGUCUCCACCUGUGGCACUCGGGGCUCUGGAGAGGAGAGAAGGAGGGGACGAUGGUGGUUCCCACCUGUUCCUGGGCCCCAAGUGGGCUGAAGUGGGGCUGGGGACCCUGGAUUUGGAGCAUGCUCUCAAGAGCGGCGUUUAUACUAAAGUGUUCGGUUCCGGCACCAAGCUCAUCAUCGUUGAGGGAGCUGCUACCCUAAAAGCUCCUGAACCCAUCAAGUUUUUCCCAUCUUCACUAGAGCAGGAAAAGCAAAAUACAGAAACCUACAUUUGCCUCUUCAAGGAUUUUUACCCCGAUGUUAUCAGAAUGCAUUGGAAGGAAGAGGGGAGUGAUAAGAUCUUGGAGUCCCAGCAGAGUGACCCAUUCAAGGUGAAGGACAAGUACUGGCAGAUGAGCUGGUUGACCGUUAAGAAAUCGUCACCGGGGAAGAUUUACAGAUUGAUAUACAAACAUGAGAAGACUGGUCGGGUAGAAAAGGAAGAGCUAUUUCCAGCACCAGUUUCUGUUCCCACCACCACUUCUACAAAAGCCUCUACUACGGUUGAAACUUCUGUCCCCACCACCACUUCUACAGAAGCCUCUACUACGGUUGAAACUUCUGUCCCCACCACCACUUCUACGAAAACCUCUACUACUGUUGAAACUUCUGUUCCCACCACUACUUCUACAGAAGCCUCUACUACGGUUGAAACUGCUGUCCCCACCACUAUUUCUACAGAACGUUCUACUUCAUUUGAAACUUCUGUCGCCACCAUCAUUUCUACAGAACGCUCUGUUACAUUUAAAACUCUUCGCUCCACACCCCCUACAGCCAGGGAGGCCUGCACCACUGGUCCAGUAAAACAAGUUUUCCAGUCAGUGAACACGACUGCCUAUUACACCUACACCAUCCUUCUGCUCAAGAGCACCACGUACUGCAUCUUCAUGCUGUUCCUCAUUUACAAAAGGAAUAUGGCCAGUGGCAAUUGGAGAGAACUGUCUAGUUCACAUCUCUGGAGAAAGGUGUGAGGGCGAACAGAAUUUCCCUGGACCAAACGCCCAACUUCUCUUCAGACCAGCACAGAAGGAGCAGAGCAGCACAUGGAUAGACUGUAAGCCCGUCAAAUGGCAGGGACUGUCUCUAUCUGUUGCUGACUUGUUCAUUCCAAGCGCUUAGUACAGUGCUCUGCACAUAGUAAGCCCUCAAUAAAUACUAUUGAAUGAAUGAAUAUUAUUGUUACUGCAAUUACAAGCUGUUCUUCUAUGUAAUCACCAGGCAGAGGUUUAUUUUAUGAUUUUAUUUUUAAACUGUAGAAGAAAGUGUGAGGUUUUAACAAGUCCUGUUUCCUUGAUUUUGCUUUUAUGUUCUGGGCUUAGUUUUAGAUUUUGCUCUAAUUUUCUUAUCAAUCGAUCUAGUCGCAUAAAUGAAAGCACCACUACCCUGCUAUCAACAGGUGUGGAACUGUUCUUUCUCCUGCUCCUGCCAAUAAAUAAUUUGUGUCUGCUUGUCUCCCCCAUGGGAUUGUAAAUUCCCUCCCCGAAUCCUUAGCUUGUGAGCCCCAGGUGGUGCAGGGAUUGUGUCUGAUCUGUUUUAUUUACCUCAAUGCUUAGUACAGUGCU